AUGGACGAGCAUGCAUUUGGGUGGAGUGAUGAUGAGACGCGGGAGCUCAGCGAGCAGGUGGAACCUUGGGUGGAGGAGAGGGAUGUACACGCCGUGGAGCAAGAGAUGGGUGAUGGACUGGUCCAAUUGUUGCAGAUGAAGAAGGAGACGCGGAGUUCUGGUGUAAGGAGGAAGAUUGGAGAUUGA